AUGCGCUACUCCACCGACCUCACCAGCGAGAUUGGGCUAGAACUGAGCGUCAGUGAUGAUAGACGUGUCUAUCAAAGCAGAGAUUCAAGUCCAGAUGCGCUGGGCUUUCUCCUGCCCGUGCUGUUUGUGCUCUCUACGCUCCUGUUCGUGAUGCUCCUCUUUCUCGUAUGCAUCUUGCUGCUCAGAAAGAGACGUGGUAUUUUAUUGAGGGAUAAUGAUGGCCCCGUCGAUGUCAGCCGCGAGGACGUGUUCAACGAUGCUGACGGAGGCUUGGCGGGCAUAGAGGAGCGAUGGUUGGAGAGUGUGGGUGAAGAUAUUAGAAGGAAUUACAGACAGGCAAAGCUCUACGAGGCGCAAUAUCCGCCAAAUUCACUCCAGACGGAUAUUACACUCUCCCAGUUUCUUUCGAUUCAGGAAAAGGGCGUGUCAGCAUGGUCCUUUGAGCCAGAAUACGAGGCGCUUACACCCGUCCUCGUCCAUGCCAGGACAGAACUUACAUUCUUGCCUGAUCCUUCCUCUACCUCUUCCGUACAAUCAAACCUUCCAAUUCCGAAACUCAACGAAGUCUAUUAUUGGGAGGUCAAGAUGUUUGACUUGCCGUCGACUACAAAUGUUGCCGUUGGUCUAGCGACGAAACCGUAUCCUACAUUCCGCUUACCGGGCUGGAACCGCUACUCUAUUGCCUAUCAUUCCAAUGGUGACAAGUCGUACAACUAUCCCUUCACGGCCACACCCUUCGGUCCACCACUGCGCGAAGGCGAUGUUUUAGGCGUAGGCUAUAGACCACGAACAGGCACCGUCUUUUUUACGCGCAACGGAAGGAAGACCGAAGAGGCCUUUACCGGUCUCUCUCGAUGGAAUCUGUUUCCAACGGUUGGCGCAGACGGACCUUGCAGUGUCCAUGUCAACCUGGGCCAGGCCGGCUUUGUGUUCAUCGAAGCUAACGUGAAAAAGUGGGGACUAGCACCCAGCGUGGGCACGCUCGCUCCUCCACCGGCGUACGGGAGCGAACGGGGGAGUAUUUUGCUCGAAGCUGGUGGUGUGAGCCCGAGAAGGGACGCUGGUGCGCACGCGGCCGGAUCGUCCUCUUCACGACGAUCGCAUCAACAUCGAUUACGAAGACCAAAGGCACCUACGUCGACGUCGUUGCCAUCUGAUCCUUCGGCUUUACGAACGGCACCCACGAGCCCGCCUCCACCGUUCAGUCCAGGAGAGCCACGUAGUUCGAGACAAGGGAUCAUGCACAGGGUCAGUGCAAGUGCGUCGUCGAGUCGAUCUAUGCCGAGCACGAGCGCCGCAGGCGGACGAGAGUUGGAGACGAUUCCUGCUGCAGAAGAGCCAGAAGACGAUAGAGCAUCGAAUUCUUCUCAGAAUACGGCCCGUGGUGGUGGUGGCGAUAACCGCAUCUCUCGAUCGCGUGCAGAGACGAGCAGCAAUGCGCAUCGACGCGGUGCCUCAAUUGGGCUCCAGUUGCCCGUGGAGACCCCCCAAGAGGACCUGGAGAGCCCGUACGUCUUCAACCCGCCUACUCCGAAUGUCUCCGACAUUCAUUUGAGGACGUUGGACAGGACAAGUCUUGAUCUUGGACGUGGUAGACCGCCACCCGCGGCGCGCCGUGAGAAUAGUAACGAUAGUCGGACAGACGAGAGCGUUAGUGAGAGUGGGGAAAGUACAGAGGGACUCCAAACGAUCCCACGAACGGAGCCUCCAGGAUACGCAGUGAUCAAUCCGCACAUCUAUGCAUCCGGCGUGCACAUUGACCUCCCUGCCGAGGUGAUCCAAGCCGCCUUGGACGGACGACCAGUCGAGCCUGCCGCGUCGACGUCGACUACCAAUCCUGGACGAGGAGUUCGUCGAUAA